CUAAAAUGUCCAAGUCUCUUGAUUCAAGUAUUAACGACAAAAAGCAAUUUUUAUUUUAUUUUUUAUGCCGUUCGAAUUAAGUUUAUCACAUCUUUGAGGGAAAAAAAGGUUUUGUUUAUACUUUAUAGGAUUCACUGUAAAUCUAAAAUUUAGGUUGGAUAAUCUUAAUUUAAUUUUACUAUUUUAAGAUUUUUUCCUUUUGAUCCAUGUCGAAAUUGCUCACUGGUUUCUCUCUGUCUUAUUCUAUCAGUUUAUUUAAUCCACCCUCACAUCGCAAACCCAGCAACAAUUUUAUAAUCUUGCUUUAAAUGAACAGAAUUUGUAAUUUUCUGUAGUAAAAUAUAAAUCAAUAAUUUUUACUCUCUGUAAAUGUAAAUUCUUGUACUAAAUUUCGACAUAUAGUACAAAGUUAAAAGUGAAAAGCUUUUAUUUACAUAUAUAAAAUAGUUGAUACCCAUCUUCUAUUCUUCCACCUCAGCCAGUUUCUUCCUCUGACACCCAUCUCUCUUUCUUUCUCUUGCUUUUAUAAGAAUGGCUCUCUCUCGGGAUAAAAAGGAUGGAAGAGAGUUGAGAAUUCACGAAAACAUGGACGAGCUAAGUACCAAUUUGGCAGAAUAUAUUGCAGAAUUAUCCGAGGCUUCUGUAAAAGAACGGGGUGCAUUUGCCAUUGCUUUAUCUGGUGGUUCUGUAAUUAGCUUGGUGAGAAAACUCUGUGAAGCCCCUUUCAACAAGACUGUUGAAUGGGCUAAGUGGCAUAUAUUUUGGGCUGAUGAGCGUGUCGUAGCAAAAAGCCAUGUUGAUAGCAAUUAUAAGCUACUUAAAGAUAAUCUUUUGACCAAGGUUCCUACUGUUCCCGGCCAUGUUCAUUCUAUCAAUGACACCGUGACAGCAGAACAAGCUGCGGAGGAGUAUGAGUUUGUCAUCAGACAGCACGUUAGGACUCGUGUGAUCGAUGUAUGUGAAAUUAACGACUGCCCAAAGUUUGACCUCAUCCUCCUUGGAAUGGGGCACGAUGGGCACAUCGCAUCCCUAUUUCCCAAUCACUCAGCGCUCGAUGAGAAAGAACUAUGGGUAACAUUUAUUACUGACUCGCCCAAGCCUCCGCCCGAGCGAAUCACUUUCACAUUGCCAGUUAUAAACUCUGCUUCUAAAGUUGCUGUAGUUGUUACAGGUGGCAGCAAAGCAGAGGCUGCCCACCUGGCUAUUGAUGAUAUCGGGCCCGAUUGUCCAGUACUACCGGCGAGAAUGGUGCGCCCAACUGAAGGCGUGUUGGUGUGGUUUCUUGAUCAAGCAGCUGCAUCGAAACUCGAUGGUGCAAUAGGUUUUAGUACUUGUGGAAGUGGAAGUCUAUGUAUGUAGUGGAGGGAUACUGGUACUUGUUUUGCAUUAGGGCCUUUUUCUUUCUUGUGGAUCUCUUUUCAAGGAAGGAAAAAGAAUAAAAUGCAAUGAAAACGAAAAAGAAAAAAAAAAAAAUCUACCUUUUCUAAUCUUUAUUUGCUUUCUCUAUUCAUUAGAAGGAUUUGUCAAGUUCCUUCUCUUGGAGAAAAUAGUAGUGUUAGCUGAUGCUUAGGAGCUAGGGAUUGCUAGGUUGGUGGUGACAAUACUAGAUAUAAUUGAUGAACAAUGAAAAGAAAGUUGGAAUAUUGAUUGCUAUCCUCAUAGUAUAGCCUAUCUAGUAAUGAAUAUAAAAUGCCUUUGGAAGAAUUUGAGAUAA